UCGUGGCCGAGCUCGGAAAUAAAACAGACUUGUUAUGUGUGCCGUGUCUAUGGAUCAGGGCACCCACUGUUGGAGUCCGUUUCCCAUGGAGCGUCUGGACGCGCAUGGCGGUGGCAACGCCGCGUUCGGCCUCGAGGCGCUGGAGGUGGACGUGGAGCAGCAAGAGGAGAUAAUCGACUUCGAGACAGAGCCGCCGGGCUCCUCUGAAUCUGUCGAGAUCUCUGACCUCAAGAAGCGCAUGUGGAAGGACCAGAUGCGCCUCAUGAAGCUCGAGGGCCGCGCCGGCGCCAGGAGCGGUGCGCCGGCCGGGCGGCAGGAGGACCAGGAGGAGGACGGUCCCGAGGCGCGGUGCCGGCGGAAGGCGAUGCUGCGCGCGCAGGACGGCGUGCUCCGGCACAUGAUGAAGAUGAUGCAGUCCUGCAACGCGCGCGGGUUCGUGUACGGCGUCAUCGACGAGGCCGGCGAGCCCACGUCCGGCUCCUCCGACAGCCUCCGCGGCUGGUGGAAGGACAAGGUAGUCUUCGACCGCACGGGCCCGAUGGCCCUGAGUCUGACCGGCAGCUCCGCCGCCGACGGUAGCACCAGCCCGCUGGGCCUGGCCUCCUACCUGCAUCGCCUCCAGGCCAUCCAGGACAACACGCUGGGCUCCAUGCUCUCGGCGCUCCUCCAGCACUGCGAGCCGCCGCAGCGCAACUUCCCGCUGGAGCGCGGCCUGGCGCCGCCGUGGUGGCCGACGGGGAAGGAGCUGUGGUGGGGCACGCAGGGCGAGACGCAGGCCCACCAGGGCGCGCCGCCGUACCGGAAGCCGCACGACCUGAAGAAGGCGUGGAAGGUGUCCCUGCUGAGCGCGGUGAUCAAGCACAUGAGCCCGCGCUUCGACCAGAUGCGCAGGCUCGUGUGGCAGUCCAAGCGGCUGCAGCACAAGAUGAGCGCCAAGGAGUCCGACACCUGGUCCAAGGUGCUCCGGCAGGAGGAGGCGCUCAGCGGCCGGCUCAAGAGCUCGCUUCGGAUCACGCCCCUCGAGGACGACGACGACUACGACGGCGAGGAACUGGAGGACGGUCCGGAAGACGUGGCGCGUGGCCCGCAUGACAAGCGCAAGUGCAAGGGCGUCCCGAGCGGCAGCUCAGGCGGGAAGUGCCGCCGCAGGCCAAGAGGCGGGAGCCGGGACCUGGCCGCGAUGGUGCCCGCGCUCGAGGCCGGAGUCCUCGCCGAGGAGAGCCAGGGCCCCAUCAACGAGCUCAUGGAGCUGUACUACAGCUGCCUGCAGGGGGGCGAUGCGGAGGAGAAACAAGAUGUGGCGAUGCAGGGAGUGCCGGGAGGCGUCGAUGAUGUGGCGCAGCAAUUCCUGAUCGAUGUCAUCGGUAGCUGCCCGGAAGUAGAUCAUGUGUUGCGCUUGAUGGAGGAGUGAUGUGCCUCGUGGGGAAAUGAAAUUCUACCCAAGCCGGUUUCUACGAUUCGUGUAGGCGGACUAGAUUUGUGAGACAUUGAUCUAAGUUGUACUCGAGGAUGUGUGUGUUCCGACGGUUGAUGUUCGCAUCGACCAUGGGUCUCUUGUAAUUAUUUUUGUUCUUUUUUAUAAAAAUAUGAUACGUCAUUGACGUAUUCUUAAAAAUAAACAG